UCCCGUCGCGCCCGCCGCUGUCGCGCGGGGCGAUCGCCCGCCUGCCCAUACUCGGCAUGGCCGCCAAGGGGGCCCGGCAGCGGCCGCGGGCUGCGGGCGGCGGGGAGGCGGCCCGGGCGCGGCACGAGGCGGGCGCCGAGGGCACGAGGGUCCAAUCAUCUGGGAGCAAAGCAGGACAAGUGUGGGCGCCUGAGGGAUCAACAGCUUUCAAGUGUCUCAUCUCAGCCAGGUUCUGUGCAGCUCUCUUAAGCAACAUCUCCGAUUGUGAUGAGACGUUUAACUACUGGGAACCGACACACUACCUCGUCUAUGGAAAGGGGUUUCAGACGUGGGAAUACUCUCCAGCCUAUGCCAUCCGUUCCUAUGCUUACCUGUGGCUUCAUGCCUUACCAGCCUUGUUCCACGCUAGAGUUCUGCAAACUAACAAGGUUCUUAUCUUCUAUUUCCUCCGAUGCUUCCUGGCCUUCCUGAGCUGCGUUUGUGAACUCUAUUUCUACAAGGCCGUAUGCAAGAAGUUUGGGCUACACGUGGGCCGGCUGAUGUUGGCCUUCUUAGUACUCAGCACUGGGAUGUUUUGUGCAUCUGCAGCUUUCCUCCCAAGCAGUUUCUGCAUGUACACUACGAUGAUUGCCAUGACUGGCUGGUACAUGGACAAGACCUCUGUUGCGGUGCUGGGGGUGGCUGCUGGAGCCCUUGUGGGGUGGCCUUUCAGUGCAGCUCUUGGGCUUCCUAUUGCCUUCGACAUGUUGAUACUGAAGCAGAGGUGGAAAAGUUUCCUUAACUGGUGUGUGGUGUCAUUGAUCCUGUUUUUGGUGCCUUUGGUAUUUGUGGACAGCUAUUACUAUGGGAAGCUGGUAGUUGCGCCUCUCAACAUUGUUUUGUACAAUGUCUUCACCUCUCAUGGACCUGAUCUCUAUGGUACAGAACCCUGGUACUUCUAUUUCAUCAAUGGCUUUCUGAAUUUCAACCUGGCAUUUAUUUUGGCACUGCUUGUGCUGCCACUGACUUGUCUCAUGGAGUGUCUGCUUCAGAAGUUUCAUGUUCAGAAUCUGGGCCGUCCCUACUGGCUGACGCUAGCUCCCAUGUACAUUUGGAUCAUGAUUUUCUUUAUUCAGCCCCACAAAGAAGAGAGAUUUCUCUUUCCCAUCUAUCCCCUCAUCUGCCUCUGCGGUGCUGUGGCUCUGUCUGCUCUUCAGCGCUACCGCCUGGAACACUACACGGUUUCCUCCAACUGGCUGGCUCUGGGGACUGUAUUUCUUUUUGGCCUUUUGUCGUUGUCACGCUCUGUUGCCUUAUUCAGAGGCUACCACGGGCCCCUGGACCUGUACCCAGAAUUUCACCGGAUUGCUACUGACCCCAGUAUUCACACUGUGCCAGAGGGAAGGCCGGUUAAUGUCUGUGUGGGAAAGGAGUGGCACAGAUUUCCAAGCAGCUUCCUCCUGCCGGAUAACUGGCAGCUCCAGUUCAUCCUGUCGGAAUUCAGGGGCCAGUUACCAAAACCAUUUGCCAAGGGACCAGUGGCCACACGGAUCAUUCCAACUGACAUGAAUGACCAAAACAAGGAGGAGCCGUCUCGAUACAUUGACAUUUCCAAAUGCCAUUAUCUGGUGGACUUGGAUACAGCAGCUGAAACCCCACGGGAGCCAAGGUAUUCCUCCAACAAAGAAGAGUGGAUAACCAUCGCCUACAAGCCAUUCCUAGAUGCUUCCAGGUCCUCAAAGCUGCUGCGUGCAUUCUACGUCCCUGUCCUCUCAGAACAGUACACAUCGUAUGCAAACUACACUAUUCUGAAAUCCCGGAGGUCAAGGCAAAGCAGGAAAAAAAUGGGAGGCUAGCAACAUACCUGGGCAACAAACUCAAAAGCAUCUGCUGGCGCUCUUGGACAGCUGCCUAAGCCAUCUUCAGUUCCCCUUUUUGAAAGAUUGUGCUUGUGCGAUUCACUAAUAAAGAUUUCCCAUGAAGUGAUUCCACCCUGCAAGCUUCCAGCUGUAGAAGGGGUGUAUCAUCUGCUUUCAGUUCGCAGUGUCAGGGCUCUGCUCUGCCUACACGGAACAGAUUGGUAAGAAACCAUUUGAAAAGCCAGCAGCCACCUACGAACGUAUUAUCCCUGCUGCUCCCUGUGUUAUUAUCUAUUACACCAGAAAAGAGAGAAAUGGAAAAUAAAAAGGAAUGACAAUAUGAGGUUCUGCUCCAGGUUGCAGUUGGGCACUGAGAAAAUUCAGCUCAGCCUCUCUCUUUGCCCCUCUGCCCUGUCCUCAUCUGCCGAAGCAGUGCUGACCUUCUCCUAGAGAUAUUUUUUUGGGUGACAACAUUUAGGAAUCUUCUUUUCUUUAAAGAAAAAGGAGGGAAGAAAGAAGAAAACAGCUGAGAGACAACUAACUGAAAUGCAUUCGUCCUCAAGGAAUGAAUAGCAGGCACCGCAGCGGAACGGCCUGAAGUUGCUCUGUCCAGGAGACACUUUCAAGGAUAAUAAAUCUGUGCUUCUGGGAGAAACCCCUCCAAUCUUAAGAGCUGAGCCAAUCAUUUGUUUUCAUGGGACCAGAGUGUUUUUGUUAUCUGUGAAACCACGGAUUUGUUUGCUAUUUAUAAUAAUUUUUUUAAAGAUACCUAAACAUCCUUUCCAUUCUAGUCUACAGCAUCUUAAAACCUCUGGAAUCAUCCAGAGAGAAGGAGGAUUCAUUUUUUUUUUGUGAGUUCUGUUUCCCCCAAUAGACCGUGUGUGUUGCGUUGGUCCAAUGUGCUUCAGAGCAAUACUGUAUUUAUUGUAUGUCUGUUUCUAAAACGUGCAGUGUCACAAGCUGGAUGGAGUUAUUUUCCCUCGCAUCCUUGAAACUCUGUGGGGAUCGGAUGGCAUAAGAUGGAGCAGGGAGGAAGCUCCUUUUGCAAAAAGGCUGCAGAAGCUCUGUGGCUGUGAUUACAUUGGUCUGUGUGUGCAGUGACAGUGCCAGAGCGUGGGGAUCAGGAAGCAGGUUUGUAUGUUUGGAAUCUGUUGGGAUCCAAACAGAAAAGCCCGUGCUUCUGAGGAUGCAGGUGUUGGCCCAGGCGCAGAGAGCAGCGUUAGGAGGGACUGCAGGUUUAGCUGGGCAGGACGGGAAGGGCAGGCUGUGAUCCAGCACGGUGCUACAGAGUAGGAGGAGCUGGAUGAGCAGCAAAGCGUGGGCUGAAUCAUAAGGGCAACUUCAGAAACAUAGGGAGAGAUGCUCUGGAUCCACUGCAUUUCAUUAAGGGGGAGUUUAUUUUAAAUGGCGUUGUGCUCUCUUGGAAAUACAGCUUAUAAAGUGCUAAACAUGGUAAGAGCUGCCUCGUUGUCCGGAUGGUUACACCAUGGAGAAUGCAGUUCUCUUCCAUUGCACCCCCACUGUACGGAGGAGCAGUUUGAAGCUGAGACUCUGAAUUUAGACUUUGAUGGCUUGAGGAAGCAUCUGUGGUUUCUUAAGUUUUGUCUCUCUUCAGAGAGAUGGAUAUCACCCUUCAGGAGUGUCAAACGUGGAGCUUCAAGGUUUGCAGCCAGGCAUUGGUGUCUUGGGUGCGUUGCUCUGCAAGAUCACAGUCACUUUGCAGAUCACUGCAGUGUCUGUGUUCACAGCAAUCCCCUAUCUCCCUCCCGCCAGCUCUACCCCUCGUAGAAGUUUACAUGUGUUGAACAAGGCUCUACAGUGCCAAUAAAUCAAAACCAAAACUCUUGCCCUGCGCGUUGCCUCUCCCCUUGGUAAUCCGUGACCUUAAAUCAAAUAAAGAAGCAAAUGCAGUUAAAGUACCCUUUGCACCCCUCUCAGGUGCUGUUUGUGUGGCUGUUCCAUCUUGUCAGAGACCAUAAUCUCAUGUUUAAUGUGAAAAGACAGUAAAGAUCCAUUUGAAAUGA